AUGGCUGCAAUCUACAGCCUCUACAUCAUCAACAAGUCUGGAGGUCUCAUUUUCCACAAGGAUUAUGGGUCCGCAGAAAGAAUGGAUACCAAUGAUAGCUUGAGACUGGCAAGUCUAUGGCACUCAAUGCACGCCAUCUCUCAGCAGCUCUCCCCUGUAUUUGGAUGUUCGGGAAUCCAGCUCCUCCAGGCGGACACCUUUGAUCUCCACUGUUUUCAGUCUCUCUCCGGUACCAAAUUCUUUGUGGUGUGUGAGCCUGGAACACUUCAUAUGGAGGGUCUCUUGAAACACAUAUACGAGUUAUACACAGAUUUUGUUUUAAAGAACCCUUUCUAUGAGAUGGAGAUGCCAAUUCGGUGUGAGCUGUUUGACGUAAAUUUGGCACAGGCAGUACAAAAGGAUUGGUUUGCAUUACUGGGAAGAUGA